AUGCAGCCGGACUCACACGCGUGUCUGGCAGGAGCCUGCUUACUUCUCAUCCUCGCACCCUCAGUACUUGCUGUGCGUGACAGCAAGUAUUAUGACCUGCUGGGCGUUGCCACGGACGCCGACGAGCGAACGAUCCAGAAGGCGUACAGGCGACAAGCCAUGAAGCACCAUCCGGACAGGAACCCCGAUGCCAAGGAGGGCGCCGAGAAGAAAUUCAGGGAAGUUGCGGCAGCGUAUGAGGUGCUCAGCGAUCCGGAAAAGCGGCGCAUGUACGACCAGCUUGGAGAAGAUGGCUUGAGACCGGGAGGCCAGGCCGGUCCUGGGGGUGGAGGGGCAGGUUUCCAUUUCCAGGGUGAUCCUUUCGCCACCUUCCGCACCGUUUUUGGCAAUGGAGGGGGAAUGGGUGGUCAGCGAAUCCAGUUCCAGUUUGGCGGCGGGGGCGGAGGUUUCCCCGGAGGGUUUGGGGGCCACCAUCAGCAGCAGCAGCAGCAGCGGCCGGGCGGGGGCCUGUAUGACGGCAUGCCUGCCGUCAGGAAACUGGGCGUGGACUCCUUCCCCUCCGGGACCAGGGAUGGCUGGGUGUGGCUGGUGGAGUUCUACGCCCCCUGGUGCGGCCACUGCCGCCAGCUGGCGCCCAAGUGGGGCAGGCUGGCGGAGGCGCUGGCGGGCGUGGUGAGGGUGGGGGCGGUGAACUGCGAGGAGGAGGCCGCGCUGUGCCAGGAGCACGGCGUGCAGGGCUACCCCACCAUCAAGGCCUUUGUGGAGGGGCGGAGCGUGGACUACUCAGGCGAGAGGAGCGCAGCUGCGCUCAAGGACUUUGCGCUGGGGCUGCUCCCCUCCGACGUGCCCAGCGUCUCCAGCCCUGCCCAGCUCGAGGCGUUCUUGAAGCCCAGCCCAGCCUGGGGGGUGUCCGUCCUCCUCUUCACGACCAAGCAGCAGCCGGGGGCCCUGGCGCGCAGCCUGUCCCUACGCUUCAAGGGCAAGGUGGCGAUCGCGGAGGUGCCCAGCACAGCUAAGGGCAUGGUGGAGCGCUUCAACAUAAGCAGCUUCCCUGCGGUGGUUGCUGUGUGCGGCGGGGACGCCGGCACCACGAUCAGGCACACGGGGGACAUGAAGUCCGAAGCCCUCGCAAAGUUUGUGCUGAGCUUCAGGGACGGUAGUCGGUGCAUCGAAGCCAUCCAACUGACGCCAGAGACAGACUUGAACAAGUUCAAGGUGGCGCAGCUGAAGAAACUGCUGGCCAGCAAAGGGGUGACAUGUCCGGAGUGCUUGGAAAAGGUGGACUACCUGCAUCGCGUCCAGGAAGUGUUCGGCCUGGCAUCUGUGUAA